AUGUUUCUACAUCGUCAGAGAAAAAAGGUUGGGAAACGAACGCUUGACAAUUCUCCAAAGAAACAAACAAAGCAAGAAAUGAGGAAGCGAAUUGACAUGAAAAAUGCAUUUCAAGCGCAUUCAUUCGUCAACGAGUCCCUUGAAAAGUGUGGAGAAGUUUCAACGCUUUGUCACGUAGUUUCAUUUGAAAUUCGAUGUUAUUUUCCAUUUGGGGAAGUUUAA